AUGACGAGACUAUCAAACACAAUUUUAACACUGAAGCCACAUUUCGACGAAGAUGGCGCAUCUUAUAUUUCCGUUGAAUUGAGACUUGGAUGCCCCCAAGCUAGUCAAGGACAGCCGUUGUUCGAAUAUGACAAAUUUUGGGGCAAUGUACCAUCUCACCCAUAUACCGUGAAUGACAUCCAUGCUAAAGAUGAUGUCGGACUUCUGUCUUUCCAUUUCCAAGCUCCUGACCCCGUCAACACCCCAUCGCUCGAGAACUGGGUUGUCAGCCGGGAUUUGGUAGGCGAUCUUAUACUAAAUUUCAACGUCUAUCCUCGCCAAGUCGAUAUCACGACCCCAUUGGGUGCAAGAAUCGACCUUCGCCGUGAUAACGGUGGUCUGAUGGCCACAGGGAGAUGGUUUCUCCCGAAACUCCUUCAAGAUCAGGAGCGCAUAUAUACGCUGAAAUGGGAUCUUUCCGAUGCCCCAGAAGGCACCCGUGCAAUCUGGAGUUUUGGAGAAGGCCCUGCUCCACUACAAAAGCAAGGAUUUUGGAAAACUCUGUUUGAAUCCGUAUACAUGGUUGGUCCUGUCCAAAGCUUCCCAGAACACUCAGCGGAAAUUGAGUCGACUAGCAAGGCGAUCACAUAUUGGUUUGGACACUUGCCGGAGAAGGUGGAUCGCGUGAAGGGCUACAACUCCAAGCUUUUCCCGAAGAUGGGUGAAUUUUUCAAUGAUGUCGACCACAACUAUCGAGUUUUCUUCCGUCAGUCAAUUCGAGGCUACGGGGGUAGUGGAUUCUUUGACAGUUACGUCCUCGAAUUUGAUGACACAGUUUCCAAAGAAGAUGACUCUGCACUCCAGUCCAUUUUCACCCAUGAAAUGGUGCAUAGCUUCGCCGUUGUGAGUGAGAGCCGCGAGUGGACAACUAGCUGGUAUGCCGAAGGGAUUGCGGAAAUCUACAGCUACAUGUUACCAUAUCGAUUUGGUCUUUGCGACAAAGGAUACCUGGACAGGAUCUGCAAUAUCCUCUUACGGACGUACUUUACCAGCCCUUUAAUCGAUAUUGAAAUCCACGAGUCGGAGAAGAUCUUCUUCAGCAACUGGUAUGCCGAGUAUAUCCCGUAUAAGCGCGGCCAUGCCUACCUGCUUCAAAUUGACAGCCGUCUUCGUGCGAUGACUGGGAGGUUAGGACCUGACAAGAAUGGUCCGAUGGAUGACAUCGUGAUCAAUCUGGCAGCUCGUGCGAAGCUGGGAGAAAAUAUCACGAACCAGCACUGGCUGGAUAGUCUCUAUCCCUAUUUCGGUAAGGAAUUUGCGGACAGAGAGCUUCAAGCUAUGUUGAAUGGAUCGUAUCUAGAUCUGAGCCAAGCUUUUGUGUUUAGUCCGGCAAUGCCGUUGCAUGAUGUCAAACAAGCGGUUUUGCAAUUUGGAUUUGACAAGACUAGUGUCAAUAAGAGAGUGGUCUCUGGAUUGGUUAGUGGAUCUGUCGCAGAUAAGGCAGGUCUUCGGGAUGGUGAUCAUAUUGUGACACACUCACGGGCUCAAAUUGCUGCUGAUAUAGAGGACUCACCAUUUUCAGUCACGGUUGAGCAAGAUGGAAAGUCGAAAUUGAUUACGUAUUUGGCUCAUGCGGAAAAGAUGGUGACUGUUUGGCAAGUUUGA